UAAAAACAAACAAAAACAUAGUAAUGAAUAAUAGGUACAAAUCGUUUAAACUCUUAUCUAAAAUUUGAUAAGACAUUUUACAUAACUUUAAUGAAUUGACAAGGUCUUAUGGAGAAAACAGUUCCAGAUGGCAAACAUACGCAACGGAUUCAGUUAAACAAUUCUUUGGCAAGGAUAUUAUGAAUUUUGUAAUCACUUGGGAACCAAUGAAAUAAAAGAUAAGUCUAGUUAAUAAUCUACAAUUAUUGGUUAGAGAGGUAUAUUAGUGCAAAUUUCCCUCUAUUCCUCCUACCUUUUCUCUACUAUAACUCCCACAAGUCUUCAGCACAAUGAAGUGGGUAAUCUUUAUUUCCCUUUCCUUUCUCUUCAGCUCCGCUUAUUCCAGGGGUGUGUUUCGUCGAGAAGCAUACAAGAGUGAGAUUGCUCAUCGGUACAAAGAUUUGGGAGAAGAUCUUUUUAAAGGCCUGUUGCUGAUUUCCUUUGCUCAGUAUCUCCAGAAGUCCCCAUAUGACGAGCAUGUACAAUCAGUGACUGCAGUGACUGACUUGGCAAAAACAUGUGCUGCUGACGAGUCAGCUGAACAUUGUGGCGAUUCACUUCAUACUAUCUUUGGAGAUAAAUUAUGUGCUAGAGUUACGGCUCAUCAAGAUACAUAUGGUGAAUUUGCUGAGUGUUGUGGGAAACAAGAACCUGAGAGAAACGAGUGUUUCCUGAAACACAAAGAUGAUAACCCAGCUUUACCUCCGUUGGUGAGACCGCCUGCUGAUGCCUUGUGCGCCUCAUUUGAAGAAAACGAGAGGAAGUUUUUUGGAGUAUACCUAUAUGAAGUUGCCAGAAGACAUCCUUACUUUUAUGCCCCAGAACUCAUUUACUAUAGUGAAAAGUAUAAAGACAUAUUGACAGAAUGCUGCCACGCUGAUGAUAAAGCUGCCUGCCUGAAACCAAAGAUUGAUGCUUUGAAGGACACUGUAUUGGCUUCAGCUGCCCGACAGAGAUUAAAGUGUGCCAAUAUCCACAAAUUCGGAGAGAGAGCUUUCAAAGCAUGGGCAGUAACUCACCUGAGCCAGAGAUUUCCCAAAGCUGACUUCGCAGAAGUUUCUAAGUUAGCGACAGAUCUUGGCAAAGUCUACCAGGAAUGCUGCCAUGGCGACCUGCUUGAAUGUGCAGAUGACAGGGCGGAUCUGGCCAAGUAUAUAUGUGACAAUCAAGAGACGCUUUCCAGUAAACUGAAGGAAUGCUGUGAUAAGCCUGUACUUGCAAAAUCCCACUGCAUUGCUGAGUUAGACAAAGACGAUCCGCCAGCUGACCUGCCCUCAAUAGUUCCUGAUUAUGUUGAGGACAAGGAUGUUUGCAAAAACUACCAAGAGGCAAAAGAUAUCUUCCUGGGCACGUUUUUGUAUGAAUACUCAAGAAGGCAUCCUGAGUACUCUGCCUUUUUGCUGUUGAGAAUUGCCAAGGAAUAUGAAGCCACACUGGAGAGGUGCUGUGCUGCCGCUGAUCCUCAUGCAUGCUAUGCCAAAGUGUUGGAUGCAUUUACACCCCUUGUUGAGGAGCCUCAGGGUUUAGUCAAACAAAACUGUGAACAUUUUGAGCAACUUGGAGAGUAUGGCUUCACGAAUGAGCUCGUAGUUCGUUACACCAGGAAGGUACCUCAAGUGUCAACUCCAACUCUCGUGGAGGUCUCAAGAAAACUAGGAAGGGUGGGCAGCAAGUGCUGUAAACUUGCUGAAGCCAAGAGGAUGCCCUGUGCUGAGGACUAUCUGUCUCUGGUCCUGAACCGCCUGUGUGUGCUGCACGAGAAGACACCAGUGAGUGAGAGGAUCACCAAGUGCUGCACAGAGUCCUUGGUUAACAGGCGGCCAUGUUUCACUGCUUUGCAAACUGAUGAGACAUAUGUUCCCAAAGAAUUUAACGCUGAAACGUUUACUUUCCACGCCGAUUUGUGCACACUUCCUGAGGAUCAGAAACAAAUUAAGAAACAAUCUGUGCUUGUUGAGUUGGUGAAACACAAGCCCAAGGCAACGGAUGAGCAACUGAAAACAGUGACAGGGCAGUUCACAGGCAUGGUGGAGAAGUGCUGCGCGGCUGAGGAUAAGGAGGCCUGCUUUGCCGAGGAGGGUCCAAAACUUGUCACUGCAAGUCAAGCUGCCUUACUUUAAAAAUAACACAAUCACAAGCAUCUCAGGUAACUAUACUUCAGUUGCUUUUUAAAUAAGUAAUUAUAAUCGUUAUUAUUGAAAUAGUAAAAAUUGAUUUACCAUUUGCCAAGAGCCAUAUAGGCCUGCUACUGAUCACCAUUCUAAACUCCUUGUAUAUAUACACGCUUAUUUAAUUCUUAGGAGAGUUACACAAUUGGGUGCUAUUAUUAUUCUCAUUGUAGAUGAAGAAAUUAAGGCAUAUAGAGGUUAAGUAACUUACCCAGGUGUGGCCCAGAUAGUA